CAAAGACAAUCAUGGUCCCCUCGUACUAAAAACCAAAAACCCUAGAAACAUAUUUCUUUGGACUACAUUUUUGUUCUUUUUUCUCAGAUCAUCCAUCGUGAUAUUGGCCAUGGCUUCAAGAUGCAACAGAUUCAUGAACAAAGCUUCAAUUUCUUCUCUUAAAUCCGCUUUUAAAUCAACUUAUAUUCCCAAAUCUGCGCCUUCGUCUCCAAAAUCCCCUCUUCCAACCAGGUCCACCGCCUCGCCACUUUCCCGCUUCUUUAUGUCAAGGUCUCCAUCGGAGCUAGGAUGUGUACAUUCCCUAUUACCCCUACAUAAUGCAGUAGCUGCAGCAAGAAUGACAUCCUGCCUGAGCACCAGUUCAAGGAGUUGUAGAUCUCUUUCACAGGGCACAUGAGUUUUCCACUGCUUGAAACAGAGGAAAUGGGAUUUGCAAGACCUGUCAUCAUACCAAGUAUGAAAGUUAUGUUAACCAUCUUAAAAGCAUUAGGUUUAUAAGGAGAUAAAGAGAAGGAUGAUUAAUUGCAAGCGCCAUUAAUCUUUGUUUUUAGAACCUGAUAAGGAAUUUUAUUGGUAUUUUUCAUAUGAUUCCUUUGCUUUUUUUGGGAAAAGAAGAAUUAAGAAACCCCAUGGGUUUAUCAUACCGACAUCCAUUGAAUC